AUGAGCGAAGAAACCAAUACAACAGCAGAGACUGAACAAGUCUUAGAAACUACAAAUCCAGAAGAGACAACACCAACCGAAAAGAAACCACGUCAAUCAAAAAAAACAAAAGAGGAGAAACCAAAGAAAGUCUUAGUUAAACAACAUAAAAAAACAAAGAAAGAACGAGAAGAAGAAAAGAAGCCUAUUCUUCCAAAAUACCUUAUUAAGAAAAUAGAACGACAAGAAGAAAUCAAGAAAGAACGAGCUGAAAGAGAAGAGGCUAAAAAGAAAGAGAAACGAGAAAAGCAAGAAAAGAAAGAACAAGAAGAACGUCUAGAGAAGUUAAGGAAGAAAGAAGCUAAAAAAGAAAAAGCAAAACAAUAUAAAAAACACGAAAAGAAACAAAAAGACAAAGAAGAAGAACAAGAAAAUAAACCAGAAAGAAAAAAUUUAACAUUUUAA